UUUCUUGCCUAAUACCUCGUCGAACGAACCCUACUUGCAGAGGUGGUGUUCGAAGGGAAUCCUUUCGAACGUCUUCCAUUGACGUGCUCAGGAUUGCAGAGAGAGGUGUAAGACGAAACUAUAGACCUAGAAAUGGAUGCUAUAAGGAAGCAACUCGACGUGCUUAUGGGAGCGAACAGAAAUGGUGACGUGAGGGAGGUGAAUCGCAAAUACUACGACCGAGACGUCUGUCGUCUGUUCCUGGUUGGGCUUUGUCCGCACGAACUCUUCCAGUUAACGAAAAUGGAUAUGGGGCCAUGUCCGAAGGUGCACUCAUUGCAAUUGAGAAAAGAAUAUGAGGAAGCAAAAGCAAAAGGUAUUGAUAACUAUGACAGGGACCUGGAAGAUGUUAUAGAUAGGCUUAUUGUUGAGUGUGAUCGGAAAAUUGCAAGAGCUCUUAAACGUCUAGAGGAUGAGGAUGCUAAAGCUGCAAUUGCUAUAUCUGUCUCUGAGGUUACACAGUCACCUGAAGUACUUGAGUUGACGAAGCAAAUUAAGGAGAAGUUGAAAGAAGUUGAUCAGCUUGAUCUUGAAGGCAAGACUGAUAGUAAGAUUCGGGCUUUGGAAGUGGUGGAAGAACUUAGAACUAAAAGAGCAGACAAACAGUCUAUGCUUCUGUUGGAUGCCUUUAACAAAGAUAGAGCCUCUCUACCACAACCACUUCAGAAUCCUCCAGCAUUAGCCCCAUUGCCUGUACUAUCUCCUCCAGAUCCUCACACUCAGGAAAUGAUAAAUGAAAAGUUGAAGAAAGCAGAAGAUCUUGGUGAGCAAGGAAUGGUAGAUGAAGCACAAAAGGCAUUAGAAGAGGCUGAAGCACUUAAGAAGUUGGGAGCCAGGCAGGAACCAGUUUUGGAAUCAUCGAAGUAUACCGCUGUUGAUGUUCGCAUAACUGAUCAGAAGUUACGUGUCUGUGACAUUUGCGGAGCAUUCUUGAGCGUAUAUGACAGUGAUCGUCGUUUAGCUGAUCAUUUUGGGGGAAAGCUUCACUUGGGUUAUAUACAAAUCCGUGACAAGUUAGCAGAACUUCAGGCACUCUUUUCGUCCUGUCACAUGCUUAUGGAAGAGAGAAACAAAAAUCGAAAAUUAGAUCGAGACAAUGAUAGAAGAUCAAAAGAGCGAAGCCGAGAACAUGACAGGGCAGGUAGCAGGGACCGAGGCCGUGAUAAGGAAGAACGAAGUGGUAGUCGAGAGCGAGGAAGGGAUUAUGAUCAUAGGAGUAGAGACCGUGAUAGGUGUUAUGACCGUGAUCGUGGGUAUGAUCGGGAACGAGAUAGAGAUUCUGACCGCUCACGCAAUUAUGAUUCAAGAGGUCACCGAAGGUCACGCUCACGGGAACGGUCAAGGGACUAUGAUCGCCACAGGCGUUAUGAUCGGUACUGAACUGUAAUGAAGCUGAAAGAAGUGGGGUUGGAAUGUUUUGGUUAGGUUUAUGUCCAAGUUAACUUUUAAUGGGCAAGAUGUUCUGAUUUGGUUUCAUAUUUUCCCAGUAGUAUUCAGUCGGUACAAUCUGGUAUUUUUUUUUUAUUUUUGUUUUUUUUGCUCUAUUUAUUUUUCUGCUUGGAAAGUAACGUUUAUGAUAAUCUAUUUAAGCAGAUGCUUUGUACGUCUGGAUUUCUACAGAAUGUUAGCUAUUGUAAUGUGUUCUAUGCAGUAAUCAGUACCACUUUCUGUU